CUGCAUAACCGAAACAUUAUCCGAUAUAUUUUGUGUGAUUGAUUUCUUUCUUAUAACAUCAUGAUACUGUUCUUUUUACAUUUCUAUGUAUUCCUUUUCUUUCCACCUUUCACGAUUGCCGGAUCGCCUUUAUCAUGCUUUGGUCAGACUCUAUGUAUCCCUCUAACCCACCUGUCAUCAACGAUUCGUUACCCAAUAAAAUCAAUACAAAAGCGUCAUUUGCCACAUCUCGUCAUCAACAACAAGAUAAAAAGUUAAUCAAGAAACGGAAAUCACAAUCAUCAAAAUAUAUGGAUGAUGAAGAAAAGAGAAAGAACUUUUUAGAACGGAAUCGACAAGCUGCUUUGAAAUGUAGACAAAGAAAAAAACAAUGGUUAAAUAAUCUUCAAGCCAAAGUGGAAUAUUUGACUAAUGACAAUGAACAAUUACAAAUACAAAGUAAUAUCAUGCGAGAUGAAUUGAUACAACUUCGUAAUGUUUUAUGGGUUCACAAGGAUUGUCAUCCCAACAAACAUGCUACAUUAAAAUUCCUGAAUCGACCUUUACCUCCUGGACAACCUAUCAUGAUGCCACCUCCAUUUACUUCACAUUCUUUAAUCAACAAUGGUGUGAUUGAUCAUUCGAUUGGGACUACCUCAUCAAUAUCAUCAUCGUCAUCAUCAUCAUCUUUAUCACCCUCUAUUUCAUCUAUCACUUCUUCUUCUUCGUCUGGUGCCACCAUAGCUAUGUCUUCUACUAAUAUCAUACCAUCACAUCAAAAAGACUAUAUGGCCAUUCAAUAUUCUUCAACCAAUCCUGCUGCUCUUUUAUUACCUACAAGAUCUGAUAUGCUUCACUCUUCCUCUCCUACUAGUUAA